AUGGAUUCUCGUUUGGCUCGAAUCAUGCUUCUCAUGGCUUGCAUUCUUCCAGCUUUGGUCGAAUGCAGAGUCAGGCACUACAAAUUUCAUGUGGUGGCCAAACAAACCAAUAGAUUGUGUUCAAGCAAAUCUAUUGUCACUAUUAAUGGGAAGUUCCCAGGACCCACUCUUUAUGCCAGAGAAGAUGACACAGUGCUGGUCAAAGUCGUUAACCAAGUCAACCACAACGUUACCAUCCAUUGGCAUGGUGUGAGGCAAUUGAGAACUGGUUGGGCUGAUGGACCCGCAUAUGUCACACAGUGCCCAAUUCAACCAGGGCAAACCUAUGUGUACAAUUUCACCCUUACAGGGCAAAGAGGAACACUUCUUUAUCAUGCACAUGUUAACUGGCUAAGGUCAACUCUCCACGGUGCCUUGGUUAUCUUGCCAAAGAAAGGUGUACCUUAUCCUUUCCCAAAGCCAGAUGAUGAAUUGGUUGUGGUAUUAGGAGAGUGGUGGAAAUCUGAUACUGAAGCUAUUAUCAAUGAAGCACUAAAAUCAGGAUUAGCACCAAAUGUCUCAGAUGCUCAUACCAUUAAUGGCCUUCCAGGGACAGUUACCAAUUGUUCUUCACAGGAUGUUUACAACCUCCCUGUGGAGGGUGGAAAGACCUACCUGCUGAGAAUUGUCAAUGCUGCACUCAAUGAGGAGCUCUUCUUCAAAAUUGCAGGUCACAAGCUCACAGUGGUAGAAGUUGAUGCCACAUAUGUAAAGCCUUUCAAGAUGGAAACAAUUGUGAUAGCCCCUGGCCAAACCACCAAUGUCCUUCUAAAUGCUGACCAAAAAUCUGGCAAGUACUUGGUGGCGGCUUCUCCUUUCAUGGAUGCUCCUGUUGCUGUGGACAACUCAACUGCCACAGCAACAUUGCACUACACAGGCACACUUGCCACCACCCCUACAGUUCUCACCACCCCACCUCCCAAAAAUGCUACCAUAGUUGCUAACAACUUUGUCAACUCUCUUAGAGGCCUCAACUCCAAAACAUACCCUGUCAAUGUCCCAGUAACAGUUGAUCAUUCACUUUUCUUCACAGUUGGGUUGGGGAUUAACCCAUGCCCAUCUUGCAAAGCUGCAAAUGGGAGCAGGGUGGUGGCCUCUGUCAACAAUGUGACAUUCCUUAUGCCAACCAUUGCCUUACUUCAGGCACAUUAUUUCAACAUUAAAGGGGUGUUCACCACUGAUUUCCCUGCUAAUCCACCCCAUGCAUUCAACUACUCAGGACCUGGACCAGCCAAUUUGAACACCGUAACUGGCACAAAGGUUUACAAGCUACCAUUCAAUGCCACAGUUCAGGUUGUUCUACAAGAUACUGGAAUCAUCGCACCUGAGAAUCACCCAGUACAUCUUCACGGGUUCAAUUUCUUUGUUGUUGGAAGAGGAGUAGGCAACUACAAUCCCAAUACUGACCCAAAGAACUUUAACCUUGUUGAUCCUGUUGAAAGGAACACGGUUGGAGUACCAGCUGGAGGAUGGACUGCAAUUAGAUUCAGAGCAGAUAAUCCAGGAGUUUGGUUCAUGCACUGCCACUUGGAGGUGCACACAACAUGGGGACUAAAGAUGGCCUUUUUGGUGGAGAAUGGCAAAGGUCCUAAGCAAUCAGUGAUACCCCCACCAAAAGAUCUUCCCAAAUGCUAA